AUUGUAUAAUCAAAUGCAACAAUAUUAUGACGGUUUUACGAUAUUCUGUGCGUUUUAGGUAUUGCUGACUUAAUGCAAACAUUGGUGUGACGACUUCCGACAGCGUGCUCAGACAAACGUAUAGGCAACAGAGACGUGCCAGUUUGCCUAGUCGAACAGAGUUAUGCAACGACUGUUUCGUCUAGACAUCGUUGUGUUUAAGUUUCUAUACUGUUCAGAAGUUCUUUAUUUCUAUUGUUUGUCAUCGUUUGGUUGCACUAGAUGCACUAGCAGUGAGCCCAUAACAGAAAUAGCUGCACAGGUGUAUAUAUACCUUAGUGCUUGUGGCGAUUCCAUCAAGUCAAACUCUAGCUCCUCGGUGACAGCAAACGAUGGCAACAAUCAAACUGAAAUACAUCACGCUGGCAUGUGUGCUGGCUGCUACUGUAGCGGCAGGGUCGCACUGCCACAACGACUACUACCAGCUUAAGAGUGUCUCCCAAGCGCAAGAGGAGUGUGCCCGUUACCAGGGCAUUCCGUGUGCCCGGCUAGCCGUCUACAACAAGUAUAUCUACCCAAACGAUACCCAGACGCAAUGCAUGGUACGUUGUAUGGGCCUCAACCUUGGCUGGUGGAAUGACACGCACGGAGUACAGGAACCGGCAAUGCGGAGCUUCUUCCAUCCGGACCCGGACGACUGCGACUACGAGCGCCGUACCUACCAUUGUCUUAAUUCUCAACGUCUCAAUCACCCAUCACCGCACGUCGAUGUUUGCGAACGUGCGUACGAAUCCUUCCGGUGUUACUACGAGCAGUACGGCAACAUCGUCGUAACGCCGCAGUUCGUCCCACUGAGUGAUCUACAGCAGGUAGAUGUAUUGUUGCAGUGUGCCAAUAUGCUACCAUUAACCGUCGGAAGAUCAUGCGCUGGCGGUAGUAAACCGUCGGAGCGUGAUGUCGAUUGUUUGGCGCGCUGUUUUUUACUGAGAAGCGGAUUGUACAGUGAGCAACAUGGACCACAUCUGGACCGUCUGUACGUGCAGUGUAACAAUUACGCGAACGAGACUCGUUUUCGUGAAACCACCGGUACCUGCUACCGGCGGCUGAAGUCGGAAUGUCAGGACGAAUGUGUUCUAGCGGGUCGGUUUUUGCGGGAAUGUUUCUAUGAAGGCGGAUUAUUGGGAUCUAUACCAGUCCUUGGAGGACUGGGUGGAUUAGUAGGUGGAUUGACCGGAUUAACAGGGUUGGUACCACCUGUAACAUUGCAAUUGACAUCGCCUGGAUUAGCGGCAGUAACUUUAACAUUGAGUGCACCUUCAGUAAUGGUAGGAGCAUUGCCAGUACCUCCAGUAAUGGUAGGCACAUCGGGAGGAGCCGCUAAUGUGGGGAUAUUGUAAUUGUCACAUCAUGCAAUAAUAUCCGUAUUACCAGGCAAUCUACGACCGCUAUAAAAUAUUAUCCCACUAGCAACAAAAAAGCACGACUAAAAAUAUGUUCUCAUCAUCUUAGAGUUGUUCAGAAUGUACAUGAUCUAUCUUCUUUGAGGAAAAAAAACACAAAUUCUUUCAACAGCCACAAUCGUCUUGGAUCUUCACUUCAAAUAGCAAAAAAGAUCGGUUUUCAUACUCAAUCAUAGCCAAAUUGGAACCAUUCAGAAAAGGUUAAAUUUUGCCUCGACGACAAAGGUCACAUAUUUUGAAAUAAAAGUAUCGCAUUCAUAGUUGUGUAUGCUCAUUGCAAUGGCUUGUUUUAUUAUAACACUACUUAUACCCUUCAGACAUAAUACAAAAAUCACAAAGCGUCAAUUAUUACCGGAAAAUCGUUUAAAGCCGUGUCAAGCUAUUGUUCACCAGACCGGCAGUACAGUAGUCAACACGUACGAUUUAACAACAUGCCCGUCAUGAGUUCAAACCCCGAAUUGACCGUGCCCCCAUACGUAGGAUUGAAUAUCCUGCUAUGGUAAUAAAUAAGUUAUUAAAAGCCAAGCCCACUACAUGAAGGCCUUGACCGACAACGUUUGUUGUGCCAAAGAAGAAGAAGAAGAAGAAGAAGAAGGUGUUGUUGGGUGUACAAAUCAUCAAGCAGUGCACCAUGUGAGCAGCGUUCAGGAGAAAAAGGUUCAAAUUAUGUCAUCGAAGAGCUUACAACUGCUAUUAAGAGAUUGUUCUGAAAUCAUAAAAUGAAAAUUCAAGACGUUAUUUCAGGUUUACUUCUUUUUUUUAAUUUGAUAGCUCAUUUCUUCCGAUAAUCAUUUAAAAUAAUUUCAUCCAUAAGGCUGCCACGGCUAGCCAUCCAGUACCCAGUACGGUCGGUCAUAUUUUUGAGUACAUUGUUGUUGAGCUAAAG